AUCAUCAUCAUCAUCCUAUUUUUAUUAUUAUUAUUUCAUUGCAAGUUUGAGAAAAGCACUAUACAAAUCUCGGCGAGAAACGGGGUUGCCGGCCGCGUAUCCCUGGCCGACCUCGCUACGCUCGGCCGUCUAUAUCUACUUGGCCUGCAACCCUUCGUUUCCCGUCCUCUAUAGUAAUGUACUAUUAAAAUAGCGUGUAUGUGUUUGUACAGCUUGUUGGCGGGAGCUGCGGCCGGGCAUCAUCGUUUCCCGGACGGGUUCAAGUUCGGUGUGGCCACCGCGGCCUACCAGAUCGAAGGCUCGUGGAACGUCAGUGACAAGAGCCCCAGCAUGUGGGACGACUGGACGCAGCAGAACCCCCACCUGAUCCCCGACGGCAGCACGGCUGAAGUGGCCUGCGACUCCUACAACAGAUGGGAAGAGGACAUCCGAAUGUUGAAAGAUCUGGGGGUGGAUUACUACAGGUUCUCAAUAUCAUGGCCGCGGUUGUUGCCCACGGGGCUCCCGAACCAGAUCAGCCAAGAUGGCGUCCGCUACUACAACACGCUCAUCAACGCGCUGCUUCAGAACGGUAUACAGCCGUACGUCACCAUCUAUCACUGGGACAUGCCCAGGAGGAUAUAUAACAUGGGUGGCUGGCAGAACCCGCUAAUGAUAACCUGGUUCGGCGACUUAGCGCGCGUGAUGUUCAGCCUCUUCGGCGACCGCGUCAAGACCUGGCUGACUAUCAACGAGCCGCUCCUCGUCUGCGACGUCUCCAGCCAGGGCUGGGGUCCAGGCAAGAAGGACACAGAGAUCGGCCUACAUUUGUGCACCAGACACGUCCUAUUGGCCCACGCCAGGGCUUAUGAAAUAUAUGGCGAGUUCAGAGAGCAGCAGAAAGGAAGGCUGUCCAUCGCCAACCAGUUCAUGUGGUACGAGCCGGAGGGGCCGGGAGACGAAGAAAUCACCGAGCUCGUUCUACAGUACAUGAACGGCCGCCACGCGCACCCCAUCUUCUCCAAGGAAGGCGGGUGGCCGCCGGCCGUGGAGCGCCACGUGGCCAAGAGCAGCAGAGACGCGGGGUACGGGCUCUCGAGGCUUCCUCCGUUCAGCGAAGAAGAGAUUGAGUACAUUAGGGGUUCGUUUGAUUUUCUGGCGUUCAACCACUACACGUCGCAGACGGUGCGCGCGGCGCGCCCCGGAGAGCCCGUCGGCGGAGACGCCUUCUUCGACGUGCCGGAGCUGCGGGCCAGGACCCAGGGCCGGCCGGGGUGGCCGGCGGCGGAGAACGGGUGGCUAUAUGUGUACCCUGAGGGUCUGCGUAAGAUCCUGGGCUGGCUGAAGCAGAACUACGGAGACAUAGACAUCAUCAUCACGGAGAACGGGUAUUCCACGUCAGUGAGGAGUUUACAGGACGACGACCGGCUGCACUACUACAGAGAAUAUUUGAAGCAGUUGUUGCUGGCAAUAGAGGAGGACGGCGUGAACGUGGUCGCGUACACCGCGUGGUCGCUCAUGGACAACUUCGAGUGGACCGACGGGUACACGUCCAAAUUCGGUAUAUACGACGUCGACUUCUCAGACCCCGAGCGAAGGAGACGACCGAAGAAGUCUGCCCUCUUCUACCGCGAGGUGAUACGGACCAGGUCCCUGGAUGUCCCAGACCCACAUAUCAAGGACGAGCUCUGAUUAUCGCUACGUAAACUAAUGUAAUUGUAAGGCUGCGGACUGGACGUAAGCGGCGCGCGGCAAAUCAAGGUCGUACAUAAUUUGCUUGAGAAUAAGCGCGUCGCUUGUGUUCAGUCCGUAGCCUAAUAGGGAAUCGGACAGCAAUCAGUUCAUUCAUUCAUUCAUUUAUUCCUUUAUAAAGCAUAGUUUUACAUGUCAAUACAAAUUUUCAUAUUUAGAACUAUUUAUAGCUAACUUACAUAAUAUAACAUCAGUCUAUUAUAAAUAAAA